GGCACGCGUUUGAGCGUCGGAGCGUCGAUAGCGCCUUUGCUCGUUCGUAUAUCCUGACGUCUUGGUAUUGCGAGAACUAUGACGAUGUCUGGUGGACAUGACAAUGUGGCAAAGGAUCUCUGCCAACAGCGAGAUCGAUUUCGGAAACUCCUUGGGGACUUGCGGCCAACCCUUGCAGGCGCGCAGACACGAAUCGACGAACUGGAAACAGAGAACAGCGAUCUGAAGCUCCAAAUUCGGCAGCUGGAGAAGCAGCGUGAAAAACUAUAUGAGGAGAACAACAGAGGGUCAGAUCAGCGAGCAGACCGAUUACGCUCUGGGCGAACGGCUGGCAAAGCGGCGUCGACGGACACCAGGACAAGGCGCAGAGCAGGCAGCCGUUCUUCGAGUUCCAGUGCAAGCGAGAUUAUAGAAUCAUCAAGUGAAUCCAGCGACACGGAAGAACCCGCAGCGCUCGUCAAGACCGAGACAAAAAUCCCAGUAUCGGCAAAGCGCGCAGCUGAUAUCAGCUCAGAUGACGAUGACGAUGACGAGUCCAGUUCCCGCCGACAUCCAAAGAAAACCAAGCGGAGCAUAGCAAAAGGGAAAGAAUCCGCGCCGUCGGACGACGCUCGGUAUAUGCCUCCAACCCCAGUGUACACCAUGGACGUGGACCGCGUACCAACGUUCAAGUUCCAGCGGAUCACUUUCCAUGAAACAUAUAGGGGCAAUCGCAUGUCCAUCAUCAGCUCGCUAGCUGAUGGUCAACAGGUGCUGAUGGUCAAUACACUCUUUAAUCCAACCAUCCCCGAUCGCCCCGGAGCCUCCGGUUAUCUAUGGACCAGCAACUCUUGGAUACCGGAGCACAAGAAGUGGAAACUGAUUGUACGAUGCGAGAAGGCUACCCCGCAAACUUGGGAGAAUCGAGGAGAUUACCAUGUUUAUCGGCAUGGCGUGGUGUCCGGGGAUGAUUUCAUGACGGGACCACCAAUUGUGCGCAAGUCAUGGGCGAAAUGUCUUGCUGGCUCCGAGAAAAUACCCGGCAGUUAUUCCACUGGUUUGCGAGCGCGCAUUGCUGAAAGAAAGAAACAGCGAAAUCAACCGGGGGAAGUCACCCAUGCCGACAUAAUCGAGGCAAUCGGAUCCGGGGAAGAGACCAUCCGAGAACUGGAGAUGAAAUUCAUAGGCUAUGACGAACCAUUCGUCGAGAGGCUGAAGACCACUGCAAGCGUGAGGGGAAUUAUUGCACCGUCUCACACUCGUGGCAAAUCGAAGAAGGCCGGGGAUAGACCUGUAUCUGAGAAGCCAACAUCGGAAGGGGACCGAACUGCAGACUCGGCAUCCACCAGUACUCACCAGUUGCGCGUUCGCCAGGCAGUCCCGUCAUGGUCGCACAGCAAUGAUCUGAACGCGUCAGACUCUGAAGGCGGCAGUGUUGAGGACAACGAUGCUAGUAUUCACCGUGGAGAUGAUGCAGACGAUGAUUAUAUAGCCUGA